AUGAUUUAUAAGGACGAACGUACACAUCAUGUCAAGUUACUCCAACACGCCGAAAAUUUUAGAGAAUUGGUGAAGGAUUACCCGGUGGAAGAGCAUAUAGUAAGGACUAGGGAUAGUUAUCUAUUGGGCAUCCAGAGGAUUCCACAUGGGCGCAUCAUUCCUGACGGCAAUAAGAAUAGUCAUUUCUCCUCUCAUCGAGCAAGUCAGGACAGCAUCAGCAGCCUUUAUUACGAGGAUUACGGAUGGCCACCAGCUCAAAAUUUAGAGGAUGUGGAGUCUGUGUUUAGACGAUGCGGAAUCCCUUUGAUGGCAAUUCGACACUCUCCUGAAGACGAAGAAGUCAUUGCUAGCGGUAGUAAUACUGGGAGGAGCACGAAACCUGACGCAUCGAAGCGUGAACGGUCAAGGUCCUAUGACGAUUCAAAAAGUUCAAAACCACUUUUCCCAGGCGGCCAUAAGAAAAAUAAGUCUAAAAAAACGCAUAUUACCAAACCACCAGAAUUUUCUGAUACGCACGGGGAGGAGAGGGCACCCAGCUCGAGAUCUUCAACGCGACAAAAAACAAGGCAUGCUAAACCUGUAGUGUUGUUAUACCACGGGUUACUGACGUGCAGCGAGAUUUGGGUCUGUAAUUACGAGUACGAGAAUAGAUUGACCUGUUUGCUGGCUGAUGCUGGGCAAGUAGUGUAUAAUUAA